AUGGCAUUACUAAAAGUCAAAUUCAACCAGAAGAAAAGGGUAAAACUAGCUCAGGGACUAUGGCUCAUGAACUGGUUUUCAGUGUUUGCAGGAAUCAUUGUUUUUAGCAUGGGAUUGUUCCUCAAAAUUGAGCUCCGGAAGCGAAGUGAAGUGAUGGACAAUUCUGAAAGCCAUUUUGUGCCCAAUUCUUUGAUAUUGAUGGGUAUAUUAUCUUGCGCCUUCAAUGCUCUUGCUGGCAAAAUUUGCUAUGAUUCUCUAGAUCCAACUAAAUUUGCGAAGUGGAAGCCUUUGCUGAAACCUUACCUGGUGUUAUGUUUCUUUUUUAACUUCUUCAUUUUUUUCAUUGCUCUGAUUUGCUUUCUCAUGAGGGGUUCUCUGGAGACAACAUUAGCAUAUGGGCUAAAGAAUGGCAUGAAGUUCUACAGGGAUACUGAUACCCCAGGAAGAUGCUUUAUGAAGAAGACAAUUGACAUGCUCCAAAUUGAGUUCAGAUGCUGUGGAAACAACGGUUUCAGAGACUGGUUUGAGAUUCAGUGGAUCAGCAACAGAUACCUGGAUUUUGGCUCCAAAGAAGUGAAAGAUCGAAUUAAAAGCAAUGUGGAUGGAAGGUACUUGGUUGACGGAGUCCCCUUCAGUUGCUGCAACCCCAGUUCCCCAAGACCCUGCAUCCAGUACCAAGUCACUAACAACUCGGCUCACUACAGCUACGACUACCAAACAGAGGAGCUCAACCUGUGGAACCGCGGCUGCAGGGAGGCACUUCUGCUCUACUACAGCAGCAUGAUGAGUUCCAUGGGUGGUGUUGUCCUCUUUGUCUGGCUUUUUGAGGUGUCUGUGAUGGUUGGUUUGCGUCUUUUGCAAACCGCUCUGGAAAGCAUCGCAAAUCCUGAGGAUCCUGAAUGUGAAAGCGAGGGGUGGCUCCUGGAGCAGAGCCUGACAGACACUUUCAAAUCUGCAUUAGAAAGUUUGAAAAAGAUUGGUAAGUUCAAUCAGGUGGAUGCAGGGGCUGAAGGCGAAGAAGGUGGAAAGACUCCAGCCAUCACAACAGUCAGUUGA